AUGUUGACCCCAAAAAACGAGCUUCCCAUUUCCUUCGCGGGACUCCCGACCCACUUGCUUGGGAAAUUAGUUUUGCUCCGAGAUUCUUCAUAUUUUCAGAGUAUCUAUGGAGAUAGCUUUAAUCAUGGUUCCAAAGAAAUGAUGGAGGACAAGCAACUGAAUUUCAACCAACCGCUUCUAUCUGUGAGAAGAUUUUCAUCAACAGCGGCCACCGAAAAAGAAGAGAAACUUAAAACCGAAAAUACCCUUAGCAGGAGACCGCGACUUCCACAUUACAGAUCAGAACUGAAAUCGAGCCCUGUGAGUAAUCCAGGAGCUGUGCCUUUUGUCUGGGAACAAAAACCCGGAAGACCAAAGGAAGAUAUCAAACCGCAAACUCAUAACUCUGAUAGGCCUCCAGUUGUCCCAAAGCUUCCUCCUGGGAGAUCUCCAAAGGCUAACCAGCAAAGCUCUGAAAAAGAUUCUGCAACUGCUAGUGUAACUAAAAGUCAAUUGCAAAAUGUCACUCACGACGUACGGAGUGUUUCAUCUGUGCUUGAUAAAAACAAAAACUUCGAUAACUUCGAAGAGACAAAAGAGGAUGAGGAGAGUUCCGAUUCAAGUGUUAGUGAAGAAGCAUAUGUAGAUGCACUUGAUACACUUUCAAGAACUGAAUCGUUUUUCAUGAAUUGUAGUUUGAGUGGUUUAAGUGGAUUUGAUGAUCUUGACAUGAAACCAUCUGGAAGGUUUUCAACUGAUCCGCAAAUGCAGGAGUUCAUGAUGGGUCGGUUUCUCCCCGCAGCUAAGGCAAUGGCUUCAGAAAUGCCUGAAUAUGUUCCCAGAAAGCAACCUUUAGUUCGAGAAAAACCAAGACAGAUAAAGAAAAAUGUAAUUGGAGAUAAGCCUCUGCUGCGGUAUGGUCCUAGUUUUGCAAACCGUUAUUCCCACCAAUAUCACUACAAUGAUGGUGAAGAUGAUGAAGAAAGUGAUGAUGAUUGUCAUCAAGGUGAUAAUUUGCCAGCAGUUUGUGGGUUACUACCCCGGUUUUGCUAUAAGAGUUCACUCUGCCUUUUAAAUCCUGUACCUGCAAUGAGUGUGAAGACUCGAGUACCAAGGUCUCCUGCUAAUAGAAUGCAAGCGAGAUCUUCAUCAGCUUGUUAUUUCAGUGGAACAGAGAAUGAGAAGUCCAAUUCUGACACUUCCCAGAGAAAAUCUGCUGGUGAAGUCCAAACAGAUGCCAUCAAGGAUAAAACAAGUUUAAGAAAUCAGUUUAAUUCAAAUCAUCGGCAGAGACAGAAUCUAAAAGGAUCAUCUCUGCGUGGGCCACUAGAUGGACAUAAUACGUCUAUCUAUUGUGAUAAAUUACCUCGAUCCAUUCGUGAUGAGGAAGGGGUCUUUGCCAUUCCUGAAGAAACAAGGGGCUGCAAAACAUUUCAAGAAUUAUCAUCUGAUCAGAGCAGUUCAAAGGAAUUAGAUUCGGGAAAUCCAGUAGAGAAAACUCUGUAUGUAGAUGCUAUACAGCAGGUGGAAUCUCCAAGAACGAGAUUUUGUUUGUCACAUAAGCAAGGAAUGGAGCGAAUGCCUGGUUCAGGAGACAACGAUUACGACAGUGCUAAGUCCAAAGAUCAACAUAAAUUGGAUACUGCAGACAGAGGAGCAAAAUUACUGACUGACGCUCAGAAAUCUAAUGACUUUAUUGUGGUAUCUUUGGUCAAUAAAUCAAAUAGAAAAGAGAGAAUGGAGAAAAUAAAAUCUUUUGGACAUGAUCAAGAUGUUUACAGGAAUACAAAUACUGCCAAAAAUUUAAAUGUAAAUGAAAAGGAAGGUACUGAGAGCUUACAAAUGCAGCCAGCAGAAGCAGAGAAUUUAGAGAAUUCUCAUCAAAGCCACUUGCAGUUUCCUGUUCCUCCACCUUUACCGAAAUCUCCGUCAGAUUCUUGGCUUUUCCGUACUUUGCCUUCCAUGUCCACAAAGAAUUCAUUUCAACGUUCACAUAUUGGCCCAACAACAAAUUCUCAAAACCAGGGACUUAAGGCACGAUCCGGAGAUCCCAAAUGGGAAACAAUGGUUAAAACUACAAAGGAACAGUUGACUCCUAUUCCUGAAACAUAG